AAGGGCUUCGGGCAUCCGCCUUUCGGGCGCCAGCGCCCAGUGCCCGCAGCUGUAGCCCAGAGAGUUUCCUUUGGCCGGCGAGAUAGGACCCCGCCUCCGACUUCUGGACCGAGGAGGAGGAGGAGGAGCAAGCCCUUGGGGAGCCCCUCCGUCUGCCUCCCCCUCCCUCCCUUCCUGCCUUCCUUCCAUCCAGCCCAGCCAUGCUCCCGGAGCCGGUUCCCGGGCUGUUUGUGCUGCUGCUGCUGAGCCUGGGAGCCUCUCCAUCCGCCGGACAGGAGGGGGAUGGCUGUGGCCACUCUGUGCUGACACCGUCCAGUGGGACCUUGACCUCCAAGAACUAUCCCAACACUUACCCAAACUUCACAUCCUGCAAGUGGAAGAUUCAUGGGGCUGGAGGACGGCGACUCAGUUUGGCUUUUGGUGAUGUGGAUAUUGAAGCUUCAGAACAAUGCAGAUCUGGCUUCUUACUGCUUUCUUCUCCAUUGGAUGGUUCCAGCUUUGGCCCAUACUGUAGCAACUCACAUCCACCCCACAAAGUCUUGGUGAUGGAUCCCCUAACCGUCUUGUUCAACAGCACGGUGCAUCGUUCCGGGCGUGGAUUUUUGAUUUCCUAUGCUAGUGGCAAUCAGUCAGAUCUGAUCUCAUGUUUACAGAAGGGAAUCCAUUAUGACAAGAAGAUAAUCAGAGCUUACUGCCCCGCAGGCUGCAAGGGAAUAACAGGAGACAUCUGGGGCAAUAUGGACCAAGGUUACCGAGAUACAUCCGUUCUCUGCAAAGCUGCCAUCCAUGCCGGUGUGAUUUCGGAUGAGCAGGGAGGAGAGGUCACUAUAUUGCGAGAGAAGGGAGUCACUCUUUACGAGUCUGCCUUUUCCAAUGGAAUCUGCUCUAAAAGGGGAUCUUUAUCUGAGAAACGCAUUGUCUUUCACAAAGCUUGUGCUGGCAGGCUGGAGAUCGCCAGCUUCCAUGCAUCGUCCUACUGGAAAGAAGAAAACGCCAUGGGAGAAGAUAGAUCAUGGACACCUAACCGAGCUGCUUUGGAUGUCGAUGGUUCUUCUUGGGCAGCCAAUGAGAAUUCUGAAAAUGAGUGGCUGGAAAUAGACUUAGGAGGAAGGAAGAAUAUUACAGGAAUUGUGACUAAAGGAUCUUCUCAUCCACACAACUACUAUGUGGAAUCUUACAAGGUUCUCUCCAGCAGGGAUGGCAAAAACUGGAAAGUUUACAAAGCCAAAGGUGGUAAUGAAGAUAAGGUCUUUGAAGGAAACCAUGACAGCCACCAAGAAGCUUCCAAUACUUUUAUCCCACCCAUUGUGGCCCGUUAUCUGCGCAUCGCACCUCAGAGCUGGAACCAGAAAGUGGCUCUGAAAAUGACGCUAUGGGGAUGCCAGGUGGCUCGCCCAAAGGCUCUGCAUCCUUACAGCGACAGUGGAACCCACCGUGGCCCCAAAGAGCUUCCCGUCCUGACUAGCAGCCCUGACAUUUUCACCCAAAUCCCAGGAACUGUGAUCAGUUCAGAAAAAACAGGGCCCCCUUUACUGGUGAUGCUAGUGAUUGGAGGCUUUGUCCUAAUCUGUUCUGCUCUUUUACUACUGGUUUUCCUCUGCCGUAAGAAGAGGAAGGCAGUAGUGGAUCAAGACUGUGAUGUCAUAAAAGAUGCCUCUGUAAUGAACCCAAUACCUGAGCCCAGCCAGUUACGGCCUGGAAGGACCCUGCAGCUCUCCAGCUCUGAAGUCACCUCUUUCCAUGGAGCAGGAAUGCCAGUGGAUGUUGGUAGAGCUCAGUCACCAGAAUAUGCCGAGCCGGGUGUGGUCCAAGUCAGUCCCAGUAGCCAGACAGCUCCGUCGACAUUUAAACCUGCCUUGGAUGAAAGUUACACACUCCCUUUGUUUGUCAAUCAUUAUGACGUUCCCAGCAAGUAUCAUGAAUACGCUGAGCCUUUGCCGCCAGAACCCGAAUAUGCCACUCCAUUCCUUGAGCAGGCCACUCAGCCAGGAAGGGACACUUGCAGAACGAAUACAUUGGCUGUAAAAGCGAUUCCCUCUUCCAAAAGUCUGACUCCGCUGCAUCCAGAGGUCCAGAUGCAGCAUGCCUUCCAUGUCCCGAUGUCAACAGAGAAGCUAGAAACAAUAUCGUACGAAAGCUGACUGGCACAACCUGGGGAUCACAACCAGAUGCAGUGAAGACAUCUGCACUUGCACUUUGUUACUCUGCUGCUGAAUACACAUGUCCAGUGUGGAACACAUCUUACCACACUAAAACAGUGAAUGUGGAUCUCAAUGAGACAUGCCACAUUAUCACAGGAUGUCUACGCCCCACACCGCUGGAGAAAUUAUACUGUUUAGCCAGUAUUGCACCACCUGACAUCCGCCGAAAAGUAGCAGCCAAUAAUGAAAGGAUGAAGGCAGUGACAUCUCCAGCCCAGCCUCUGUUCAGAUAUCAGCCAGACCGCCAACACCUUAAAUCAAGAAACAGAUUCCCAAGAUCAACAGAGAUAAUUGCAGGAACAUCUCAGCAAGCGAGAGUCCAAAAGUGGCAGGCUGAAAUCCAGAACCUCAAUCCAUGGCUGAGACCAGAUGAGAGACUCCCCCCAGGCACACAAAAGACUGGGCAACCUGGAAGGCACUGAAGAGAUUGCACUCUGGCAGAGAUGCAGAGCCAAUCUUAAGAAAUGGUGCUACAAAGUGGAGUCCAUGACUUGCAAGUGUGGAGAAGAGCAAACCACAGACCACCUACUACAAUCCAAACAGAGCCCUGCCACAUGCACAAUGGAGGACCUUCUCACAGCGACACCAGAGGCACUCCAAGUGGCCAGCGAAGCUGGACAGCAAAAUGGUUGAGGUUGGCUUGCAGGAAAGACUGUCUCCCCUUAUGAGGAUCAUUUUGGUUACCAGACUCUCCAACUGAGAAAUGACUCCCAAGUGGCACCAUCAUCAUAAGGCCCCUCCUACGAGCACAGAGACCCUCGCCAUGCAUGCUUCUAUCAUGAGCCCUUGUGAUCAACACCCAAAGAACCCUUUUCCUGGGUUACAAAUGUCUUCUACUCUCCAAUAGGCUGACCAUUUGGUAGAUGCGAGUGACAGCAACAACAACUUCCCAGGUUUAUCGUGUCAGGAGCGACUUGAGAAUAUACUGCAAGUCACUUCUGGUGUGUGAGAAUUGGCUGUUUGCAAGGAUGUUGCCCAGGGAAUGCCCAGAUGUUUUACCACCUGUGGGAAGCUUCUAAUGUUCCUGCAUGGGAAGCUGGAGCUGACAGACAGGAGCUCACCCUGCUGCACGGAUUCAAAUAGUUGACCUUCAGGUGUCACAACACAACUCCUUCCCAGCAAGGGUGUGCAAUUUGGCAAAAAGCUUGUUGCGCUUUCGAUGCCCGGUUUCUGGCUUCCCACCCUCAUUCCAUUUUUAGAGAAGUUCCCAAAUUUAGGUUCCCGUUUUCAUACAGGAAAGAUUUGGCCCAUUGCCACCAAUGGGGAAACUUAGAUGCUCAUUUCUCAGUCGUUUUUAGGCCUAUUGGCAUGAAACUCACCUCAAGUAUAGUCCCAUGUUUACAACUGCAAGCCACUCAACUUUCAGAACAUUUCACCAAUCCCUUCAUUUUUUUGGAAUUUUUAAAAAAUAGUUGUUCUCUUAGACCAGGCAUGAGCCAACUUGGGCCCUCCCUCGAGGUGUUUUGGACAGCCGGUAGGCUGUUAGUAAUUGUGGGAGUUGCAGUCCAAAAUACCCUGAGGGCUGAAGUUGGCCUAUGGCUGGUUUAAACAAUUUUUAUUUGUCGUGUCAGGAGCGACUUGAGAAACUGCAAGUCGCUUCUGGUGUGAGAGAAUUGGCCGUCUGCAAGGAUGUUGCCCAGGGGACGCCCAGAUGUUUUGAUGUUUUAUCAUCCUUGUGGGAGGCUUCUCUCAUGUCCCCGCAUGAGGAGCUGGAGCUGAUAGAGGGAGUUCAUCCACACCCUCCCCGGAUUCAAACUUGUGACCUGUCGGUUCUGCCGGUACAGGGGUUUAACCCACUGUGCUACCGGGGGCUCCAGUUUAAACAGUGAGACAUUCCCUAUCAGAUUGUAUGUAUUCCCUAACACCAGAUUAUAUAUGUCCUAUGUAAUAAUAACAGCUAGACUCCAGUCAUUCAUUCUCCUCACAUUUUCUUAUUACAUUUUUUGUAGAACAGAUAAAAAAAAACCCUUUACUUAAUUUCUUCUUGCCCACCCAGUAUCACUAAUAAAUCUGCUUUUUUUGUUUUUGUUUUGCAUGUUCAUUUGUCCUAGUGAAUUUUGUGUUCUGAUUCAAAUGUAGGGUGACUGGGUUUGAGAAAACGUUUGCAAGUAUCAUGUUGCUCAAAAGGAAACCAUAUGUUAGCUAUCAUUAAAGGUUUUGUCUGAUUUA